AUGUGCAACUUUAAAAUCUUAUUUUUGUGCUUUUUCUUCACAAUAUCAAUUGUAUCUGCAAGGAGCAUUCUUGGUCCCGGUGGAAUGUUGCAAAAUGAAGAAAUGCUGGUGUCUGAUAACAACAGAUACUUCCUGAGACUUGAAAAGUCAGGCGAUCUUGUACUGUAUGAUAAAAAAGAUUUAAAGAACAAAGUUUGGUCAACAAGAACAGAAGGAACUUCUUCAAAAUUACUUUUUAUGCAGCAUGAUGGAAAUCUAGCUCUUUAUAUGGAUUCGAUCGCUCAAUGGCACUCCAAUACAGCUUCCGUGUACAGUCGCGAUCAUAAUUAUUUGACGCUUGAGGAUUAUGGAGUUUUGAAUAUUCGUAACAAGAAUUCAAAUAGAAUAGUGUGGACGUCAAAUCCAAACAUUUAA